CUCAUGAUCAAACUACCCGGAUGUUUUGCAAUCGUUGCCAUCUUGCCCCUCCUCUUCUCUUGCUCUGCACUGCCUAUCAAAGACCAUGUUCUUGAUCAUCUCAGACCGUCAACGGAGGGAGGGAACGUAUGGGUUUUGUUAGUUGCUGGAUCGAGUGGCUACAUGAACUACAGGCAUCAGGCAGACGUCUGCCAUUCCUAUCAUAGCAUACGAGCUCGAGGAGUUCCCGAGGAGCGAAUCAUUGUCAUGCUCUUCGACGAUGUGGUUCAGUCCUUCUUCAACACAAGACGCGGCUUCCUCUACAACGAGCCCGACGGAGACGACGUGUACGCGGGCGUUCGCAAGGACUAUACGGGACAUCAGAUCACGCCCAAGAACUUCCUCGCUGUCCUACGGGGAGAUGCCGUUGCCAUGAAGGGCAUCGGAACUGGGAGGGUCGUUGCGAGUGGUCCCAGCGAUAGGAUUUUUGUUUACUUUGCAGAUCAUGGAGCGCCUGGGAUGCUAGCGUUCCCUUCUCACCAUCUUGUCGUCCCCACCAAACUGUAUGCCAAGGAUCUGAUAUCUACUUUGGAGAAGAUGCACAAGCAGCAGAAGUACGCAGAGAUGUUGCUGUACGUGGAAGCUUGCGAGUCUGGGUCGAUGUUCGACGGUCUGUUGCGUGAGGAUCUCAACAUCCUUGCGGUCACUGCUGCUUCUCCGUUCGAGUCAAGCUUCGCGUGCUACUACAACAACACACUGGGCACGUUCCUCGGAGACUGCUUCAGCAACCACUGGCUGGAGCACGAGGACGAGACCUCGGUCUCCACGGAAACCAUAGAUGACGAGGUUGAACGAGUCAAGACAGUGACGAACACUAGCCACGUGUGUGUCUAUGGAGACAUGAGCAUCGCUCAACAAUUUCUCGGAGAUUUCUUGGGCCCCAAGUCGAACUCCUCAGUCUCCCGUCAGCCUGCAGGAGGCAGGAGGCAGGCGAAGGCGACGUCGAGCAGAGAUGUGCAUGAGACGGUCCUGAGGAAUAGACUAGCUGAGCUGGAGGCCAGCCAUCUCGGAGAUCAAGAAGCAAGUGACCUGCACAGGAUGUUGGAGACGGAGCUGCGUGCUGUACUCGAGAGCCAUACUCGCGCCGAUCUUCUGUUCCUCGAGCUUGCUCGAGCUCUAGCUGAUGAGCAAGUGCCGCUCCAGCGUCUCCUCGUCGGCCAGAACCCUCCUCAAGACUGCCAUGGGCAGACUGUCCCUGACUUCUCGUGCCUGGAGUCGGCAGUUGACACUUUCGAGCAUCUCUGCGAGCCUCUCACCGACUACUCCUUGAAGUACGUUGCGGUGCUCAAUCGAGCCUGCAGCGCUGGAAGGAGCACGACCGACAUCACCUCUGCUAUUGCUCAAGUUUGCAAACAUGCUGCAAAGCCAAGCCCUUGCCACAAACAAACUUCCCAGUCAGCCUGCGACGCCAUGGCCGACUGUACUUGGUGCAAGAGUUCAGCAGUACCCAGCAGGUGUCUGUCGAUAGAGGAGGCCAAGAAAUUGCCACCUGCAGUUUUUGUCUGCGAUCGCAGCGAGUGAGGGGACGACUUACAUUUGAGUAAGGGAACGAAAGGGAGGAAGGGAGUGGGUCAUUAUGAAGGAUAGAGGCGAGGAAAGAAGUAAGCAAUCUCCAUUAGUCUUUCACUUUAUUAGUUUGAAUAGAAUCACGUAGUUU